AUGUCUUCAGAUAUCCAAAAUAGCAUACCGCCCAUCUUAAGCUCGAUGGUCCAAUUGGGCCCGGCCAUAUUCCUCAAAGACUUCCCUCAGGCUCCGCAAAAGCACGACAAGCCCCUGACAAUCGUGCUCCUCUUUUGGAUGAACGCGCCGCUUCGCCCUGCUGCAAAAUAUAUAUCCGAAUAUGGACAGUUGGCCCCAGAUGCGAGAAUCAUUGCAAUCUUCACAUCUGCCUCGGACUUCUUUAUUCGAAACUCAGAUGGCGCGCAGAGACGCCGGAUUACUCCCGUCUUGGAUGCGCUCUUGUCCACAGCCAAGGAUGGCGAUGGAGGCUCUCUGUACGUGCAUGCCUUUUCCAACGGUGGAUGCACGACGCUGAGAUACUUGGCCGUGGCAUAUCGAGAUGCUACAGGAAAGCCCUUGCCCGCGAACGCAAUGCUCAUCGACAGCGCGCCUGGCAUCACCUCCAUGUCCAGGGCGGUCAAGGCGCUAUCUUAUAGCUUCCCGAGGUUUUUCUUGUGGAGAGUUCUGCUGUCUACGGCUGUUUGGGGGUGGUUGCUUGUUCUGGCCACGCUAGGAUGGUUGUCGAGGAGGAAGCACCCGUCAUAUUUUUUGCGGGAGGGACUAAAUGAUCAGAGCCUGAUAAGAGGAAAGGUGGAAAGAUGCUAUGUGUACUCAAAGGAGGACGAUUUGAUUUACUGGAAAGAUGUAGAAGAGCAUGCUGGGCAGGCGCGUGCUAGAGGAUGGAAUGUUUCAAGAGAAGUGUUUGAGGAUUCGCCUCAUGUUGGGCAUAUGCGGACCGAUCCGCAGCGGUAUUGGAAGAUUGUUGCAAGGUUGCUGAAGAUUGCGAUGGCAUGA